CCUCUUUCUUCACCUUUCUUCGGCCUCUACGACAAUCGCAACCGACGUGCUGCGUGCAAGGCUGCAGUACAAUUUCCAGCACCUGUGCUUCCAGCUGCCGUCCCACGCCGGCUUAUCUCGAUUCCAACGACACCAAUCCUCGAGCGCAACCAGAAUGACGUCCUCAGAUUCUCCUUGCAACGGCGCUCGAUGCGCGAGUGCUGAGACUUGUACCCACUCGAGCAAAACCACCAGUUGUUCGAAGCAGAAGCUCCGGGAACCCCACACAAGGCAGCCGCCGACAUGCGUCGGCAAGCCCAAUGUCGGCCCUCAUUACAUGCGCCCGACCGCCAAUUCCUCCGUCCGCAGACGCGCUGUGAAAUCAUCACGAUUGCCGUCGUCAUCGUCUGGUCCCCCGGCGUCGUCGCAAUCGCUUUUUUGUUGCCCUCUCGCUGACGCUUGGCCAGCGCACCGUUCCGACAUCACCCAGACCGACCCAACAUACACUAAGUUUCUGUGGAGGACGAUAAUGGACAAGAAAAAGAGCUCAAAUGAGAGGGCGGGCAGAGAAAUGGGCGAUACACUAAGCACAAAGGCGAAGAGGAGGCCAAGGGCUCGAGCAGAAAGCACAUCGGCGUCAGGGUCGCACUCUGGGAAAUGGCCAACACCACCUACAUCGGAAACCUCGAGCUUCAAGUCUAAGAAGGACUUGGCUGCUAAAGUCACCGAUGUUGACUUUAUAGAGACUGUACUAGAGCCAUGCGGGAUCACCAUUCAGAACAAGGGCGUUAACAAGGACCUCCUUAAACACUUCGGUAUCCUAGAGCUUCCCUCCGAUCCCAAGGACCGCCUCGAUGCCUACCGGGGAGCACACGACCUUGAAGUCUGGCUAGCCCCUGACACGGCGAGCAUCCAGCGAGAGUACAAGGCUAUGAGGGUGUUUGAUUCCAACGAGGCCGAACACUCGGCAUACGCCUUGCAGGAUAUAUUCCUCGACGAACCCAGACAUCCAUGGCUCCCAGAAGAGGACGGCGAUCAACGUUGGCUACCCGUCCGCAUGCUCCAACUUGUUCGGAAACUACCGCAGGAUGAAUGGCUCUCCCCUCCACUCGUCGACUCGCCCAGGAAACGAUACGAGUGGGACAUUCGCCCGGACUGCGCGUACCACGUCUCCCUCCAGGCCUUCCAAUCUGGCUUCCGCCCAAGCGUUCGAAAACAUGUUUCCAUUGUGCAGAAGCGAGCCUUUUGCCCGUAUUUGACUAUUGAGUUCAAAAGAGAUGAGGAGACUCUUGCGACGGCCCGCCAUCAGGUCGCCGUCGCCUCAGCCAUGGCCCUGUAUAAUCGUUAUAGACUAAAGGACUGCGCGCUUCAAAUGAGUGGAGGGAACUGGUUGGAACAGGAUAUGAACCAGAUGCGUCACUAUGGUAUCACAUUCACUGGAUCCACCUGGGACCUGUGGUGCACUGUGCCGAAGACCUUUGAAACCUGGACUGGCUGUAGCAUGUCCGCCAUCUACUCUGGCGACUGCUGCAUCCUUGCUGGCGUUGAGAAAUUAACCAGCACUAUUAAUGACAUUCAUUACUGGGGUUUGAUGGUCCAUGGCAAGUCCUGCAAGGCCGAUAUCGCUGCUAAGAUUCAUUCCGACCCGGAUGCGGACACGAAUGAUAUCACGUUACUGGAAGAGAAUUCAUGAUACCCGCGGUUGAUAGCAAUAUUAUUACUUGUUAGAUCCUUUUUUCAAUCUGGA